CGUAACAACAGGAGCAUCAAAUGACUUUAUGCAAGUAUCGCGAGUGGCUAAACAUAUGGUGGAGCGGUUUGGGUUCAGUAAGAAGAUCGGCCAGAUUGCCAUUGGUGGAGGCGGUGGAAAUCCCUUCUUGGGUCAACAGAUGUCUUCACAGAAAGAUUACUCGAUGGCGACAACAAAUGUUGUGGAUGCAGAAGUGAGGGAGCUGGUGGAUAAAGUAUACUCGAGAGCAACACAAAUAAUCACAAGCCAAAUUGACAUUCUCCAUAAGCUUGCUCAACUUCUCAUAGAGAAAGAAACUGUUGAUGGUGAAGAGUUCAUGAGCCUCUUUAUUGAUGGCAAAGCUGAACUUUAUGUUUCCUAAUUCCCCUUUCUAUGAUUUUUUUUUGUAAGAAUUGCAUGUCACCCCAAAACAAUACAUUUGCAUAUAUAUAUAUAUAUA